AUCAACAAGUUAUUUGCUGCUCUACAAAUUGCAUAGGUCAAUUCUGUCAAAAUGGUUCGGUCACUGGCUUAUGUAGGAGCCUUGCUGGCCGCGCUGCCCUCGGCACGAGCUGGUUUCAACGCUAGCUCGACGCAAAAUAUUGCCGUGUACUGGGGUCAAAACUCGGCAAAUCAAGCAAACUCUCAGCAACGCCUGUCUACCUACUGUGCUAACGCCGAGAUAGAUAUCAUCCCGAUUGGGUUCAUGAAUGGCAUCAGCCCAGUUAUUACCAACUUUGCCAAUGCAGGUAACAACUGCACGGCCUUCCCUGACAACGCCAACGCACUUGAUUGCCCCCAAAUUGAGGAGGACAUCAUUACAUGCCAAAAAACAUAUGGCAAGACAAUCUUGAUUUCACUGGGAGGCGGAUCUUAUUCACAGGGCGGCUUCUCGUCCGCUAGUGCUGCCACAUCCGCGGCCCAGACUGUUUGGAACAUGUUUGGCCCUGUCAAUCCAAACAGCACCGUAGACCGCCCAUUCGGCUCCGCGGUGGUGGAUGGCGUCGACUUUGAUUUUGAGUCUGGUGUCAAUAACUUGGCCACUUUUGCCACUGAGUUACGGAGUUUGAUGGAUGCUUCUGCAUCUUCUGCGAACAGGAAGUUCUACUUGUCUGCUGCGCCACAAUGCGUCUAUCCCGAUUACGCUGACAACCCGGCUCUAAAUGGUGUGGUUUCCUUUGACUUCAUCAUGAUCCAGUAUUACAACAACGGAUGCGGGGUCAGCAGCUAUGUCCCAGGAGCAACGAUCCAGUGGAACUACAACUUUGACGUCUGGGACAACUGGGCACACACUGUCAGCAAGAACCCAAACGUGAAGAUUCUACUCGGUAUCGCUGCCAACACCGGUGCUGCCAGUGGAUACGUGUCCGGAACUCAACUUUCUGCAGUCAUCUCAUUCACCAAGCAAUACUCAAGCUUCGCGGGUAUCAUGAUGUGGGAUAUGUCCCAGUUGUACGAAAAUUCCGGUUUCCUGGACCAGGUUGUCAGUGAUCUCGCCGCCCCUGGUUCAAGCCCUCCGGCUACUACUUCUACUGGCGGUUCCAAACCUACAUCUACAAGUGGCGGUUCUACCGGCCCAACUGGCGGUGGCGGCGGUACUGUGCCGCAAUGGGGCCAGUGUGGAGGUGAAGGGUACACCGGUCCUACCCAAUGUCAAUCGCCUUACAAGUGCGUUGUUAGCAGCACCUGGUGGGCAUCCUGCCAGUAA